CUCUUAAGUACUUGCAAAUCUCCAUUCAUCUCAUUACUUUUUUUCCUCUACUAUCUACCUGCUUCUCAUUAUACGUCCCACAAAUCAGCAUGGCUUCUAUACGCCAACUCAACCAAGCUGCUCCUUUCUGGGACUUCGUCUCCAACAUGGAAGAACACGGCUUCGCUCACCCAUUUUUCUCCCAUCACCCCGAGCACAACCAUAAUACCACCGAUAGCGAAGAGCAGUGGCCCGGUCGCAGAGGCCGCCACGGACGCCAUGGCCCUCACCACCGCCGUCAUCGCGAACACACUCCGGAAGACGACGAAGAAACAAUCCACGAAGAGGAGCUGGAGGAGUCAUCCUCGGACAGUUCCGAUGAAGAACACGACGAGCCGCGUGAUCCCAAGCCGCAGCACGACCGCAAAGGUCACGGAAGGCGCGGUGGUUUCCACGGUCGAGGACGCGGUGAUUCUGGGCGUCGCCGCCUUAGUCCGGGCCCUGGUCCAAGAGGUUUCGGUCCCCGAGGCGGUCCUGGUCCCUUCUUCGGGCAUGGAGGUCCUGGCGGUCGUGAAGGUCCUCACGGCUGUGGAGGCGCUUGGGGUGGAUUUGGAGGUCACCACGGCUUUGGCCCUCGUGGAGGCUUCGGCUUUCCUGACGACUUCGAUCUCCAUAACGGCUCCGGUCUUCACCGAGGUCACCACCACGGGUUUGGUGCUCGUGGUGGUCAUGGGCCGCACCCGUACUGGGGAGGCCGCAAGCACAUGCGCGGAUUCAAGCAUGGCAGACGAUGCGGCCCUCCCCCUCCCCCUCCUGGUUUCGGUCCAUGGGGUCGAUUUGGCUUCCAAGACAAUAAGCACACCGAGUUCCAGCCCGAAGUUGAUGUCUACGACACUGCCGAUGCGUUUCUCAUUCACGCCUCGCUGCCCGGUGCCAAGAAGGACGCCGUCGAAGUCAAGUGGGAUCCGCGCAAGUUCGAGCUCAGCAUUUCAGGUGUCAUUGAACGUUCCGGAGACGAAGAAUUGCUGAAGGCACUGGCGCUGGACGAGCGCCGGGUUGGUGCCUUUGACCGCAAAGUGCGCCUGGGUAGUGUUGCCCACCCGGUCGAGCUUAAUGCCAAUGAGAUCGCGGCGGAGAUGGAAAAUGGGGUUCUUAGUGUCCGGUUGCCCAAGGUGAAACCGGACGUGGUGGUGGUCACCAAGGUUGAUAUCCAGUAAACAGGGCUCACUUGCUGGUUACUAGGACGGUGAAGUACUUUUGGGAUUCUUGACAUUCUUCUAGCUUUAGUGUGUAUCUCUUGUUCAAUGUAGAUUGCUUUAAUCCCAAUUAUGAUGGUCUCUAAACAGUUUUAGAA